AUGUCCUCAAUACGUCCACCCUUCUCUUCUCUUCCAAUUGAUCCCAAUGGCCCUCACGGCAAUGCCUGGGGUCUCUGGGGCGACAAAGACGAGCUCGGGAUGCUCAACCUCCUGACCGCCUCGAACACAACUUCCGCAGCAAAGGAAAUUCACCACGGCAUCCGCAUCUCUGUCGAUUGGCCCUUGAACAAGACGCCGCCGCGCUCCACUCGUAUCCCUCUGGACCAUAACAUCAUCAACAAAGCUCCUCGAAGCGUGAACGACGAUACCGUGACUAUCAACACACAGAGCAGUUCUCAGUGGGAUGGCUUCAGACACUAUGGAUACCAGAAAGAGAAAAGAUACUAUAACGACUGCACCAAUGAAGAUGUACUGGGAUCAAAGAGGAACGGUAUACAUGUUUGGGUCGAGAAUGGCGGUGUAGUCGGACGAGGCGUCUUGCUCGACUACAAGUCUUGGGCAGAGGAAAAAGGUAUCUGGAGUGCAGAGGCUUGCUUCCAGACGACACCCAUUACUGUUGAUGUUUUGGAGCAAAUCGCGCAAGCCCAAGGUGUGCAAUUCAAAGAGGGAGAUAUCUUGUUCAUCCGCACGGGCUGGACGGGUGCAUACGAGAAACUGUCCUCCGAGGCACAGACAAAGUUGUCAGAGACACCGCCGCAUCCAGCCAUUGGUGUCGAGUCUUCCGAGAAGACCGUCCGCUGGAUGUGGGAGAAGGGGUUUGCCGCCGUCGCAGGCGAUCAACCGAGUUUUGAAGCCUGGCCAUGUCCAAACCCCAAGUAUCUCUUGCACGAAUGGUUGCUCGCUGGUUGGGGUCUACCCAUUGGUGAGAUCUUUGACUUGGACAGGCUGGCUACAGAGUGCAAGGACAAAAACAAGUGGUCUUUCUUCUUCAGCAGUAUGCCCAUCUACGUCCCUGGAGGUGUUGCUAGCCCGCCAAAUGGUGUUGCCAUAUUGUAA